GCAAAAUGAAAAUUAAUAUUGCUGCUUUUUACUGUUACUUUGAUGCUGAAAUCCACAUAUACGGCUCGAAAGUCUAAAAGACAAAGUGAUUUUUGGGAUAAUUGGGGAGAAUGGGGGGAGUGCAGCCGCUCUUGUGGAGGUGGAGUGAGUGUCAGAGAGAGACAGUGCUACUCUCGUAGGCCAGAUGGAGGAUUCAAUUGUAUUGGACCAACCAAAAACUAUCGUUCCUGCAAUGUGCAGGAUUGUCCUGAUGGUGCUAGAGACUACCGUGCAGAGCAGUGUUCAGAAUAUGAUGGAAUGGAAUUUCAAGGGAAGAGAUACAAAUGGAUGCCUUAUUAUGGAGCAUCCAAUAAGUGUGAACUGAAUUGUAUUCCCAAGGGAGAGAAUUUCUAUUAUAGACAUAAUAUGGCUGUGUUGGAUGGAACACCCUGUGAACCAGGGAGGAGAGACAUAUGUGUGGAUGGUGUUUGCAAGUCCGUUGGCUGUGACAAUGUUAUGGAUUCUUCCAAAAAAGAGGACAAAUGUUUGGUUUGUGGAGGAGAUGGCAGAUCCUGUUAUGAAGUUAAAGGAUCUUAUGAUUCAGCUGUGUUGUCUAAAGGUUACAGCCAACUUUUUACAAUCCCAUCUGGAGCAACCAGCAUUCAUAUUAGAGAAAUUGUUCCAACAAGGAAUUUUUUAGCCAUUAAGAAUGUUCGAGGAGAAUAUUAUUUAAAUGGUUAUUGGACCAUUGAGCACACACAGGCUCUGCACAUUGCCAGCACUGUUGUACAUUAUUUUCGAGGUGCGGAGGGAGAUCUAGCACCUGAGGCUUUGACAGCAAGAGGACCCACAACCGAACCUCUUGUUAUUGAGCUUAUAGGACAAGAGGCCAACAAAGGUAUACAUUAUAAUAUUAUCUUUCACAAUCAACUAAAUGCAGAAGAUUAUCAGUGGAAUUAUGGAUCUUGGAGUGAAUGCAGUGCACAAUGUGGAGGAGGCUACCAGUCACGCUUGGUGUUCUGCACAAUAGAUAAUGAGGCCUAUCCAGAACAAAUGUGUAGAGGGAAACCAGCUCCACCUAACAACAGGACCUGCAGCAUGCAGCCAUGUCCACAACCCAAAGCGUUACUCAUCUUUGUUCUGUGCAAAAGGAUUUCUUAUAUAUAUGAGCCAACACUAUGGACUCGAACACCGAGCACAAAAAUGAUCAGCUGGAAAGUUAGUGAGUGGCUACCAUGUUCAACUACAUGUGGUGGAGGAGUGCAAACUCGCUCUGUCUUCUGCGUCUCAUAUGAAGGAAGAGCGUCCCAGCAGGUGGCACAAGAUUCAGAAUGUGCUGCUGUAACAGAAAAGCCAGCAACACAACAGGUGUGCAAUCUCCGGGCAUGUGCAAGAUGGAGUGCUGGUCCUUGGAAUGAGUGUUCAGCUGAAUGUGGAGAAGGCAUCCAAAAACGGACAGUAACUUGCAUUACAGAUACUGGAUCCACUGUUCAAGACAUAUCCUGCAUGCAUCAAGCCAAACCAACAGAUACACAGUUAUGUUAUGGUGAUAACUGCAUUCAGGAAAUUGGCUGGCACGUUGGAGAGUGGGGACUGUGUUCAAAAAGCUGCAACAGUGGUAUAAGGAAGCGUCAGGUAGUAUGCGCAGACAAUGAUCGCAACAUCUAUGAUCCCGAGACUUGUGAGGCUCAGGAGCCAGAGAAACCGACUUUAAUAGAAAGCUGUAACAUGCAGCCCUGUCACCUGCCACAACAGGUCCCUAGCAUGCAAGAUACAUGGGGUUACGAUAAUGCACGACAAUUUGACAUUACCAGAUAUAAUCCAAGUGAUAAAUGCAAGAAAAGUAUUUAUGGCUGCUGUCCUGAUGGAGUUACUUUAGCUUCUGGUCCUAAUGGAAAAGGUUGUCCAUGUCAGCAGGCCAGAUAUGGCUGUUGCCAAGAUGAUGUAACAGUUGCCAAUGGACCAGAUUAUGAAGGAUGCCCACAGUAUUAUAGUGAUGGAAAUGCUGGCAGGAACCAGAGAGCUGACCCUGGGAUGCCUUCUGAUGAAUGUAGAACUUCCCAGUAUGGAUGCUGCUUUGACAAUGCCAACAAAGCGUCUGGCCCUAAUGGAGAAGGAUGCAGGAGCAAACCUAGUCAAUCUUACCCUGUUAAGUGUAUGCUCCCAAGUGCUCUUGGACCAUGCACUGAAUGGACAACUCGCUGGUACUUUGUUUAUGAUGUUGGACAGUGCAAUCGUUUUUGGUAUGGUGGCUGCAAAGGAAAUAGCAACAACUUUGUUACAGAGGAGGAAUGCAUGAGUUCAUGUCCACAAACCCCAAGAAGGGUUGCUGGAAAAACAGAGUAUAGGUACCGCCACAGGGUAAUGAAAUGGGAUCGUAUGACACACCUGCAACCUGGUGUUCAUGAUGAGGACCAACAAGGUAAAGAUCAAAAUGAACAUCAUCGUGCAGGGAUGGUCAAAACACUUGAUCAAGAUCACGAAGGCCGCAUUGUAGCUGGACAAGGAUGGGAAGAUAGUAGUACUGGUCAAAGAGGAUUUGGUGAUUUGAAUGGACAAUCAAGGACUGAAUUUAGACAAAAAGAGACACCAUCCCACCACUCCUCAAUUUACAGAAUUAUUUUGGACCAAGUUGAAUUCUCAUCCAUGGAUACAUCUGUAGGUCAGACUGUCCACCUGCUUUGCAAAGUGAGUGAUUAUCCAUUUCCCAAUAUUGAAUGGCAGAAGGAUGGAAGACCUGUGUCUUAUAGGUAUGGUAAAAUACACAUAUACCAAUCAGACCGUUCUCUAGUUAUUAAUCAAGUCAGGACUGAAGAUGAAGGGAUUUACACAUGUAUUGCUUCAAAUGGUAAUAGAAGAGAGACCCAUCGUGUACAGCUUCAUGUACAUGAUCGAGGCACUUAUGAAGGGCAGAAGACACAUUCUGCUGAUAACAGGGGAAGUGCCUUAAACAGAGACGAUAAAAGCUCAGAACCUUCUGCAACACCGGUGUCAAGAGUUCAUUCACAUUCCAAACACCACCAGCACUCAGAGAGGAGGGCAUCUGUUCAGAACCAAGCAGUAAUGGAAGCAAACCUUGGACAGAGGACAAGACUUUCAUGUCUUCUGGAAAUCCCUCCUGGCACUAAUGUGGAAUGGCAGAAAGAUGGGAAGGCACUGUCUUCUCCAAGACAUAGAAGACUAUCAGAUGGCUCACUUGUCAUAAGUCGGACUAGCUCUGAGGAUGCUGGGCUCUACACUUGUACUGCUGGCAGGGAAUUCAAGGAAAUCCAACUGAAGAUUAGAGGAGAGCUCAGAAUCACUGGCCCACCUGACAGCAUUACAGUGUCUGAGGGAGAAAAUGCUGAGUUAAAAUGCAUUGUAAAAGGGGACAACGUGAAUGUGCAGUGGUCAAGAAAUGGUGUCCCUGUGAGAUCAGAUGGUCGUCAUAUCCAUGUAUCUCAUGAUGGCAGUCUAAUCAUUAGGAACACAAAAUUUUCAGAUGAGGGAUCUUACACCUGCAAUGCAUACAGCGGUACACACUCUGUUAGCGCCAGUGCAGACAUCAAAGUUAACAAGAACAGACCAGCAGUUUCUGCUGUGCAAAUUAUGGAUCCUAACAGUGAUUGUGUUGACCACCCUGAGCUAGCCAACUGUGAUCUCAUCAUCUAUGCCCAGCUCUGCUCCAACGAGUAUUACAGCAGCUUCUGUUGUGCCAGCUGCUCUAGAAACAAAUCUCAACAGAGUGAUGUCCGGCACCAGGGCUGAUAGACUUUUCCUGUUACCCUCCAAGAUAAUAUAAUACAAACCCAACUUCAGAGAUCCCUAUGGCCAAGAUGCCUAUUUACUUUUGACUGUUCAAGGGUUGAGCAAAGACCCAUUUACAAAAGCGGGCUUUGAGGUUUACGGAUUCUGUGGCUAUAAUAAUUGCAGAUAUAUUUUUAAAUUAGAAGCAGCUUUUAAAAGCACACUCUACAAGCAUAUAGCAAUAAAUGUCAUUUUACAAAAUAAGUAAUAUCUAAAUUAAUAUGUUGAAAGUGAUCAUUGUUUAAUUUUAGUUCUGAAAUCACACAUUUUUUAGCUAGGUGGCUGUGGAAGUUUCAGCAGGGAACAACUUAAGUAGUAAACAGUUAAAAACAUUAUUUAGAUAAGGACAGGGAUUAAACAUGCUUAGCAUAUUCUAAUAGUAAUGAUAUACCCAAACACUUUAUGUCCAAAGAGAAAGUAUGUAUUUUGUUACAGUGACAUGAUACCUAAUUUAUUAGGCUUAGCACCUCCUUUUUUUCUACUGCACAUAUAUUUUUUUCAUUGCAAUCUAAUGUUUACUGUUUUUUCUCACAGCCCUAGUCUUAGUGCAUGUGAAUCAAUCCAUUGGCUCACUGUCUUAUUGUAUGCCACCCCCACAGUACCCUGAACCAAUCAAGGAGGCCAGAACAUAAAACAGCAUUUCAGAAGCUAAACUAAAACUUUAUUCUUUGACAUGCAGACUAACCUGUUCCUUAAAGGAAAAAAACAUAAAAAAUGAUAGCUGUUGGAAAUCAUACAAUUUCUCAUAUAUAAUUACAUUCUGUUGUUUCAAAUUAUGGGUUCUGCAGCCUAAAAUUAUAAAUGUAAAGGAUUACCAUCUCCACAAUGGACUUCAUUUUAUAACAGUAUAGAGUGAGUGUGCAGCCUGUGGCCUGCAGCACCUGAAAUACCCAUUUAGUGCCAGAUUAUGAGUGGAUUGCUAACGAUUGUGCAAAAGCAAUUAGAGGUUUAUCACGGGUGUUUGCUCUUGUCGGGAUUUACCCGCUGGUAUUACGAGUUAAAAGUAAACACGAUCGAUUGAGCGCAAUCGCAAUUUACACUAGAAUUAUUACAUUACAUGGUACAUUUACAAUCAUAACACCAAUGAAUAAAAUUUAUUUUAAAAAAAUAUAUUGCUUAUAAAGGCUUAAAGAUAUAAAGGCUUAAAGAUAUGAGAUUUCAUGUGUUAGGGGAAAAAUGCAGCCAAAGGGCUUUAAUAUAGACAUACAUACAUACAUAUACAUCUCUAAAAAUAUAUAUAUAUAUGUGUGUGUGUGUGCAUAUGUAUUUAUAAGUGUAUAUAUGUAUUUACAGACAUGUAUACACAUAUAAAUACAUUUGUAAGUAUAUAUAUAUAUAUAUAUAUAUAUGCAUUGGAGCACUUUGCAGUUAAAUAGAUGUAAAAGCAUAUUUAUGCAAUAUUCAUAUUUAAUAACGUUUUAAACUUUGUAUUUACUGUAAAUAUUUCACAUUCCAAUGUUCUGCACAUAUCAGAAUAUGUUCUAAGUAUUUUUAAAUCAAUAUUCUUAUAUAUCUGUAUAUAUCUAUACCUAUAUAUAUAUUCAUGUAUACAUAUAGGCAUAAAUAUAUAUUGAAUCAAAAUACCACUAUAUAUAUGUGUGUAUUUAUGAAUAAAUAGAACGUAUUCUGCUAUGAGAAGAACAUUGGAGUGUGAAAUAUUAAUAAUUUCAUGUCUGGUUAGCGCACAUGAGAAUAUGCGAUCUGAUUUGCACACAAGUUGGGUGUUUUUUUCCCAUUCUUUUUUUCUUCAUUGACGUUUAUGGGGGAAUAUGUGAACGUGCAUGCUAUAGUCUAAGUUCAGCUUUUUGCGCUUGUUGGGUUAGUGCACAAGCGAAAACAGUUUACUUUCAACUCAUAAUACGAGUGCAAAAAGCCGAACUUCUAGCGCAGUUAACAUUCAAGCAGAGGCAUUAAUUAGCACUCCACUUGUAAGCUGGCCCUCAGAAUUUUCUAAGGUUGUCUGUGCCCAGGAGUUCAGAGUUACUUUUCUUACCUCUAGGGUCUAUUUUUUUUCUCCCUUGUGUAAUGUUAAAAUUGUUUGAAUUGUAAUUAUAUGAUUGAAAAUGUGUGAAUUCCAUAUGCUGAUCUGACACUUGUAGCAAAUAAAUAUUUUAAUUCCAUAAUCUACUGAGAAGAGAGGGCUUUCUGUUAUAUGGUAUAAACUUGUUCCUAGAUUUACUUUCAUUUUUGCAUUGUAUGUCUAUAAGUCUUUUUUUGCUUACAAUCUGAAUUGCUUAAGAACAUUUGGAUUAAAAUUUUAAAUACAA